AUGUAUAUUGAAGAAAUAGGAGAAUCUUCCAAUGUGGAGAACACAGUUAGUGUAAUCGCUCUAAAACCAGAGGAGACUUUUGAAAAGUCAGAUUGCAUUGAUAUUAGUGGAAUCAAAUCUAAUAUACAACCUGCUCUUGGUAUGGGGUUUGAGUCUAUAGAUGAUGCAUGGGAGUUUUACAAGACACUUGGGAAAGUGAAAGGAUUUCCUGUAGUGAAAAGCACGUCUGUGAAGAAUGGUGCGGGGUGUACAAGAAGCUACAAGUUUACUUGUACUCAAGCAGGUAAGUGUAAUUCCAUCUCUGAAAAACAAUUAAGGCCUCAAGCGACAAUAAAAUGUGGUUGUCAAGCCAAGCUAGUGUUGCGGUUAGAUUGUCUAGUUGGUUAUGUAAUCAGUCAGCUAAAUUUGGAGCAUAAUCAUGAACUGAAACCGGAAUUCGCCAGACAUUUUCGUUGUAACCGUUUCAUUGAUUCUCUGGUAAAGAAUCAAAUUGAUCUUCUUGAUCAAUAUGGUAUAAGGUUGUGUAAAAGUUAUGAUGUUUGUGUAAAUGAAUCCGGCGGACAAGAGAAUAUGACGUGUUCUCAAAAAUAUUGUAGAAAUCUAAUUGAUAAAUUGCGAACUGCACGACUAGGAGAAGGAGAUGCAGUUGCCAUUUUAAAGUAUUUUACAAAGAUGGGUUCACAAGGUUUUAGAUUUUAUUCAAGUGUCGAUACAGAUGACACUAGGCAUUUGAGAAGCCUGUUUUUGGAAAAUGGUAGGUCAAGAGAAGAAUAUAAAGAGUUUUGUGAGGUUAUUUCUUUUGACACCACAUACUUGGUGAACCGGUAUGAUAUGCCGUUUGCUUCAUUUGUUGGGUUAAAUCACCAUGGAGAAUCAAUACUAUUAGGAUGUGGGUUGGUAGUACAUGAAGAUACAAAUUCUUUUAUAUGGUUAUUUUCAAAGUGGCUUGAUUGUAUGUCCGGAUGUGCUCCUCCUGCACUAAUAACUGACCAAGCCAAGGCCAUGCAAAAUGCGAUUGAAAUAGUCUUCCCCAACAGUAGACAUAGAUGGUGCAUAUGGCAUGAUGGAAUGCAAUCUACACAAAGAAGCGAGAGUAUGAACUCAUUUUUAGAUGGUUACCUUGGUCCAAAGACAACUUUGAAACAAUUUGUAGAGCAAUUUGAACGUGUAAUGAGGGAUAAGGCAGAGAAAGAGACUGUAGCUGAUACAGAAACGUGGUCCAAAUUGAUUCUUACUGCUACAUUUUUUGAAAUGGAAACACAGAUGCUGGGGUUGUAUACUUUGUCGAAGUUUAAAUACUUUCAAGAUGAACUGACCUCGAAAAUGUAUUGUGAACUUAUUAAACAAGCAGAGGAUCCUCUUGGAAAAUUUAAGUAUGUUACUCGUGCAAGUGUGUGGAUCGAAGGGAUUGAUGGGCAAAAGAUUCAAAAGCAAAUGAACUUUGAUGUGAUAUUUUAUUCAAAUAUCUGCGAGGUGUCUUGUAGUUGUCGGGUGCUUGAGUUUGAAGGAAUGCUAUGUAGAUCUCUUAAUGUAUUAAUUAGGCAUGGAAUCAAGUUGAUACCUGAUAAUGAGGUUGCAGAUAUGGCAGUAAAAUCAGAACUUGGUUUCAAUGAUCUUAGGCAAUUGUUAGUCAUACAAUUGGAUUUGUUAAAAAAAAACACAAUUUGUGAGAUUAAAACAAAGAGUCCCGCCACUAAUGAGAAGUGUAAAGGAGUGCAAGAAAGUGAUUCACCGGGAGCAGAUAUUGUGGAUACCAUAACAGUGGAUGUUGAUGAUUUGAUAGUCACGGAUGUGCUUAAUCCUGAGGAUAAAACUAAAAGGCCAGGCAGACCACGAACUAUAAUACGUAUAAAAAUACAUGAAAAUGUAACAAGAAGAAUCCUAUGGACGGCAAUAGUAGGAAUGCAUGCAUUAAUGGUAGUUGUGAUGGUGGGCAAGGGUGGUAGAUCUGCGGUGGGGAUAAUGGUGGUGGGUGUUGGUGAGAAUGGUGGAGUGACGACGUUAAUGGUGGCGGUGGUGGUGGAAGAAAGUAGUGGUAGUGGGAUGAAAAAGGUGUCCUAA